GGUCUGCGGCCGCGGUGGAGUCUCCGCCGCUCACGCUGUCCGCCGCGGCUUCAGCGGCGGCGCCGUUCUCCGGCCGCGCGGCUCCCCGACGCACAGUUCGGGCGGCUCCCGGCGCGGCGCGGCUGCCCAGGCGUUCGGGUCCCCGUGGCCCCGCGGCUCCCGCCCCCGGCUGCAGGACGCGCAGGUGGGCCGGCGGCCGCUGGGAGAUAGGCCCCCCGGGGGCAGCAGUGGACCAUGGCGCGGAGACCUGGCGUGCCCGCUGCCUACGGGGAGGAGUUCUCCUUCGUCAGCCCGCUGGUGAAAUACCUGCUCUUCUUCUUCAACAUGCUCUUCUGGGUAAUUUCCAUGGUCAUGGUGGCUGUGGGUGUCUAUGCCAGGCUGAUGAAGCACGCAGAAGCAGCCUUGGCUUGUCUGGCGGUGGACCCUGCUAUCCUGCUGAUCGUGGUGGGCGUUCUCAUGUUCCUUCUCACCUUCUGCGGCUGUAUCGGAUCCCUUCGGGAGAACAUCUGCCUUCUGCAGACUUUCUCCCUCUGCCUCACCAUCGUGUUCCUGCUGCAGCUGGCUGCUGGCAUCCUGGGCUUCGUUUUCUCAGACAAGGCUCGGGGGAAAGUGAGUGAGAUCAUCAACAAUGCUAUCGUGCAUUACCGAGAUGAUCUGGAUCUGCAGAACCUCAUCGACUUUGGCCAGAAGAAGGAGUAGAACCCAGAGCUGUGAACACCAUGGACAAAUACUCUACAACACUGAGCUACACCCAUAACCCAGAAUUUACCAUUUUACUUAUUAAAAAGAUUUACAUUGCUCUCUUGCUUUCCUGCCCGUGCUCCCUUCCCUUUCCUCCUCCCUUCCCAUUCCCUUCUCCCAUCUCUCUCCACAUGCUCAUUGCCCACCUCUACCCCUCUCCUUCUUUCCCCUCUCCCUCUCCUCCUCUCUACACCUCUUCCUCUUUCCCUGUCUACACCCCCCCACCUUUCUUUUAACUCCCUUCCCCCUGCCCUGAAUAAACUCUAUUCCAUACUUUAAAAAAACCUCUACUAGGUGGAUGUGUUGACACACUUGUAAUCCUCCCCAGUUGGGAGUCUAUGACAGAGAGAGUUCCAGGCCUGCCUGAGUUAUCCCGUCAGUUCAAGGACAGCCAGAGUAACUACUGAGACGCUGGGGUUAUAGCGCAGUGGUGAGCACCUGCCUAGUAUGUGAGGCCCCAGGUUCAGUCCCCAGCAUAGAAGGAGAAAAUCGUAUGUAUGUAGUCGUAAGCAGCAUCUGUUAGCAGAGCGUUUCCAUCUUUGUCCAUAUGGCAGUGCACACUGUCCCUUCUGUUUGACAGACAGAGUUGUAAAGAUUAGGAGUUCAAGGCCAGACUCGGCUUCAUAUUGAGUUUCAAGCCAGCUGGUUAUAAGAACCCCCAUCUCAACAACAAAACAAGACAAAAACUCUUCAGGAUAGAGAAACAGCUCAGUGGGUGAAAAUGCUUUUUAUAAAACCCUGACAGAGCACCUGAGCUUGAUUCCAGAAAGCCACUGUGAAAGAGGAGAACUAACUCCCAAAAGUUGUCAUCUGGCCUUUACAUAUACACUAUGGCGUGUGUGUGUGUGUGUGCGUGUGUGCGUGUGCGUACACGCACGUGCGUGUGUGCAUGCGAUGCUCGCAUGCAUACACAACACAUACACACAAAUAAUAAGAAAAACAAAACCUUUCCAUCUUUACUUGCUGAACUGUGCCCAUUAAACACUUUCCAUUUCCCUCUUGUGGAGGCCACCACCAUUCAAAUGUCUGUGACUAUAACAGCAUGUGAAUGGAAUUAUACAUAUGUGUACAUAUGUGAGUACUUCCACUUGGCAUGUCAUAAGGUUUCGUCCAUGUUUUAUGUGGCGUGUGUUAGAAUUUCCUUUUUAAAGGCUAAGUAAUACUCCAUGUGACUGCCUCGUUCUGUUUAUCCAGUGGUGGACACUUCUGUUACUUUCACUUUUGGUGGUUCUAGGCUAUGCUGCCAUGAAUCAAAGGCAUCUUUGACACCAGUGCUGCAUUUCUGUUCCUCUGGCACAGCAGCCCUCGGCUUUGGGAUCCGUAGAGUAACUGUGGACCUGAUAUUGAAGGUUUUCUUCUUGUGGUUUUUUUUUUUUUUUUUUUUUUUGGUUCUUUUUUUCGGAGCUGGGGACUGAACCCAGGGCCUUGCGCUUCCUAGGUAAGCGCUCUACCACUGAGCUAAAUCCCCAGCCCCCUUGGUUUUUUUUUUUUUUCUUACAUCAAGGUUUUUGGUUUGGAUUUUUUUUUUUUUUCUUGGUAGCGCUGGAGUGAAUCCAGAGGUCAAAAAAAUUUUUUUUCUUUUCUUUUUUUUCAGAGCUGGGGACCGAACCCAGGGCCUUGCGGUUGCUAGGCAAGCGCUCUACCACUGAGCUAAAUCCCCAACCCCGAGGUCAAACAUUUUUAGCAUAUGCUCCAUCACUGAGCAACCCUGGUCCAAGCCAGUAAUCUUGAAUAUCUCCUUUUCUAGACUGUUUUAUAGGGCUAUAAAUCCAGAACCUUCUCCCAAGAGGUUAAAUCUGAAUAAUAUGUACCUCCCUCUUUCUCCCCCCCUCUCCCUCCCUCCCUCCCCCUCCCCCUACUCUCUCUGUGUGCACCAGUGGGAGAAUCAAGCACUAAGUCAGUUAUAAUAAGAUAGAUAAGGUAUUAGGAGGACUUCUUUAGUGAAAGUGACUGAGAAGCUCGAGCUCCUAAAUGUGCUUACAGUACUUGAGGUUACAAUGGAAGCCUGCCUUAGGCUUGGUGAGGGCCUGGCCACCUCAGUGUUGGGGGCUCAAUGGUUC